AGACAUUUUAAAAAUCCAGGGCUGGGGUGAGAAACUUAGACAACCCUCCACAUACUGUUGGACUCAACUCCCAACAGCUGCAGCUAGCAUGGCCAAUAAUCAGGGGUGAUAGUGAAGGAGGGAUCGAAUAAGAUACAUUCUAAACCCCAAGUGCAGAAAAGUAAUUAACUAAGUUUGUUUGUUUGUCUGCAAAUGUGCUGAAGGCUGGAAACAAAGGGAGAUUUUCUUUCCUUCUUUCUUACUGCAUUCAGCCUGUUAGCAAGUUCAAGAGAAGUUCAGUCCAUCCAAACAAGCAGUACAGGAGAGCAGGUGGGCAGGCAGCCAAUUGUCUGAAGUAGAUAGGAGCUCGUCUGUUUCCUUUUUAAAUUCUUCCCUUUUUGCUAAAGUAAGCAAUGUAUUGCUUUAAAAACCUUUGUUAGAAAGCUUGCUAAUUAAGAAGCUUGUAAAGAAAAUAACCCACAACGAUCCCUUCCGAAAGUUCAGUGGGUUUUUCUUUUUCUUUUUAAUCGUGAUGUUUUAUAAAAACCUUGAUGUUUUAUAAAAUCAUGGCAACCUGCAAUUUGUUGGCGCCUUGGUCCAUGAGUGCCGCACUGUCAAAUACUUCGGUGCUUGUUCAAACUGCAAGACACAGGGGGUGGGGGGUGGAGAGACAUCAAAAUGGAACCAAAAACUCUGCCUUUUUUUGCUGAUAAAUUAAUUGGGCUCUUAAUGCUUCUUGGAAGCAUUCUAGUUUAAUAAUUACCUUUGUUUAUAACCUCUGUACUUAAGCGACUGCUGUUUCCCAGCAUUCUGCUUUCCAGUUGCGGGCAUUGUCUGCUGAAGGAGGAGAUACCGGUAAGUGAAGGAAGGUGUUUCGAUGACUCAAGAGCUACACCAAACACGGAUUCACUAAUAUAAUAGGCAUCAGCAUCAAGUAAGCAAAAUGGAUGAAGAAGGCAUCAGAAAACGAAGUUCAACUCAAGAACCUGAUGAAACGCCCAUCAAGAAAAGCAAAUCUAUGAAUCUACAGAAAGAGGUGGGCCUUCUCAGUGGAAUCUGUCUCAUUGUUGGGACAAUGAUCGGUUCAGGGAUCUUUGUUUCUCCAAAGGGCGUUCUGGCUAACGUUGGAGCAGUUGGGCCCAGCUUAGUCAUCUGGACAGCCUGUGGAGUGCUUGCUACGUUAGUUACAGUUACUCUGGUGAAUGCCCUGAGUGUGAAGUGGGCGAGCUACGUGCAGAACUUUUUCACUGCGGCUAAAAUGGUGAUUGUCAUAAUUAUCAUUGUAAGUGGGAUUGUUCUUCUAGCCCAAGGAAAUACAAAGAACUUCAACAAUUCGUUUGAUGGCCCCCCGCUUUCUGUGGGCGCCAUUUGUCUUGCAUUUUAUAAUGGACUCUGGGCCUAUAGUGGAUGGAAUCAACUCAAUUAUAUCACAGAGGAACUUAAAGAUCCUUACAGAAAUCUACCACUCUCUAUUGUUAUUGGAAUCCCUCUGGUCACAGUUUGUUACGUUCUGAUCAAUAUAUCCUAUUUCACGGUUAUGACAUCAACAGAACUUCUGCAGUCUCAAGCUGUCGCUGUGACAUUUGGAGACAGGGUUCUUUAUCCUGCUUCCUGGAUAGUCCCUCUCUUUGUGGCUUUUUCUGCCAUCGGGUCAGCCAAUGGGACAUGCUUUACUGCUAGCAGGCUUGCUUAUGUAGUGGGCCGUGAAGGACACAUGUUAAAGGUGCUCUCUUACAUCAGCAUUAAGCGCUUAACUCCAGUGCCUGCUAUCAUCUUUUAUGGUGCAAUAGCUAUUAUUUAUAUAAUUCCCGGAGACAUCAACACCCUCAUCAACUACUUUAGCUUUGCAGUUUGGAUAUUCUAUGGUCUAAAUAUGCUGGGACUCAUUGUCAUGCGCUUUACAAGAAAAGAUCUUGAAAGGCCUAUCCGUGUACCUCUUAUCAUCCCCAUUCUUGUGAUGUUUGUUUCCAUUGUGCUGGUUCUGGCACCCAUCAUCACUGCACCUGAGCUGCCAUAUCUGUAUUGCGCUCUAUUUAUUAUCAGUGGACUUGUCUUUUAUGUACUUUUCAUCCACUUCAAAUUCAGCUGGGCUCAAAAAAUCUCAAAGCCCAUCACUAUGCACCUUCAGAUGCUUAUGGAAGUAGUUCCACCAGAAGACGUUUCUGAAUAACAUUGAAUUUUUCCAUCAUUCAAAAGGCUAGAUCCUGGAAAUAGUUCAGCAGGUAUGAUACAUCAUGUCCACAACUAUUGGUCUCAAUGCUGAGGAUAGGGGACAUUUGUGAGACAGUAAGCGUCCUGAAAAAGACACCGUUCUGUUCUUUUCCCCUGUAAAAUGCAUUUGUUUUUGUAACACAUUGAAUUCAGGGAUUUGCAACAUCUUAAGAAAAUAUCUGUAUGGGGGAAAAGACCUGAGGAGUUGUAGGCCAUGGACUUGAUUUCAGGUAUGGAAUUUCUACAUUAUUUUCUCAGCAAGCUGAAAGGACGGAACAUGCAGUAUUACAGUGCCAUCUACCAGCAAACAAACAUGGAAGCGCAAAGAUGAAAUCUCAUCUAUUAAAUGUCUUACAGAUUUAUAAAGGGUAGAAACCCAAAUGAAAUGACAGGUGAACAUCUGGGAGGGAGAAAGACAUGUGAUCUAGACAUAAUCCAUAUGAUAUUGACUCCAGCGGUUGAAGAGGUCAAGAAAAGUAAUACACUGGACUAGGCUGAGGCUUCUCAAAGUAUGCCUCUGCCUUGACACAAUGAAACAUGAGCAGAUGAUGGGAUGUAUCUCAACACUGGAGCAGAUUUUUGCAGGCACAAUGGUUUGUGUAUUAGAUGGGGAGAGUCUGUCCAGCAUGAGGCUUAAAGGCAGAUCCUUGGUUGCCCAUAUAAGGUUGUUUUGGCACUCAGGGAGCCUGAGCUUGGUUUGCUGCUGUCAUGUCUCUACCUCAGUAUCCUGCACAGCUACAUCUUUUGAAAAGGCGUGCAUGCAAAGACAGACGCUUAAGCAACAUUUUUAAUCUAAUUCCAAAGGAAAGACAUCAAGGAGCCUUGUACCACCUUAAAGAUUUAAUGGAUUUAUCACAACAUCCAUAAAAAAGAACUUUUGCCACACCAAUUUCCCUACUUGCAAAAUGUCUUCCCCUCUAAAACAAAGUUGCCACUAGGCAGAUAAUAAAAGUAAAAAUUGGCUGUGGUUGUGUAGGCUGGAUCCAAGAAGCUACAUCUUUGAUUUGGCUACCACCAUUCCUCUUACCAUUGGUUUGGGGUCAGGGUUCCACAAUAUGUUUGGGAUGUGGAAGCAAGGUUUUCCAUGCAGUGCUCAGCUGUCUCAUUACUGAGAUAGCAGGCAAGUAAGUGGAAAUAAUCUCAAAGUCAGGUAGCGAUCUUGGAACAGACAUGUUUGUUGCUUUUCAAAAUUACUUUUGUGAAAGAUGUGCAGGAAAACCAAAGAUUUAGAAUUUUUUACUGCUGCAAACAUGGAAUGAACUGCUGGUAAAUGGAACACUAGAUGCUCUUUCCCUCCCUUCCUUUGGCCUUCUCUAGAUUCCUUGUGCACUCUGAAAAGUCAAAGUUCCAACAUUACUGUUUUGUGACUUGUUGCAAAUGCCUUUGGUAUAUUUUUAUUACAUUUUCUAUUUAAUAAAUAAAUAGUUUCUUACAACUCCAAAGACAUAAAGGCUGGUUUUAAGAGUGUUCUUUAUUGCUUUUCUAACAGGCAUAAAUAACCUUUUCCAUAAGUAUUCAUAUGAAAUACCAAGUACUUAAACCAUCACCAAUUACCAUAUUAUUCUUUUCAUUAGAACUCACUGUAUGAGGAUUCUGAGAAACUGCAGGGCUGUGUUGCCCCUGGUUCUAUGCUAAAAACCAAACAAAAUUUUACAUGGCAAAUGAAACUGCUAGUUUCUUAAUUUUCAAAAUAAAAGGAGCAGCAAGGGUCCCACAUUGGAUAGGUGGACUGGCAGGAGAAACAGAAACAGGAGGAGCAUGCCCCCCCCCGCCCAAUUCAAAUUUCUCCCCUGACAUCCUGCUUUUACCUACAGAAGAUACAUAUUUGCAGCAAAAAAUUGUCAAAGGGAUUCAACACCCCUUCCCUGCAAUUUCUUUGACCCAGUUUGUGGAAAUGAAAAUCAGUCUUGGAGGUUGCAAAGACCAAACUCUUGGAAAAACACUGGCAGUGCAGCCCUAUACACAUUUAGCUGGAAGCAGGUCCUACUUGAGUACAGCUCCUGAAUAAGGCUGCAAUCCUCUAUCUACUUACCUGGGAGUAUUCCCCAUUGAACUCAAUGGAACUUUUUCCUAUGGCUUGCAUAGGAUUAUGGCCUUAAGAAGGGUUUAUCACAACAUCCAACUUUCAAAGACCUCUGAUCUAAUUGCAUGUAUGAUAUACAGAGAUGCCCAACUGUUAUAACAUCAUUUGGGUCAAUCAUGUGAAACACUGAAAGCUCAACAAUUGCUGCCAUAUUCAUUUUAUAGAGUAAACUGUUGUUGCACUGUACUGUUACACAUUUGACAAUGUGGAGUGGGAAUAUUUAACUGGAAAAAGUAGGGGCAUUUAGAAAAUAGGAUGCAGGCAUUAGAGGGUAUGUUAGAACCCAUUGCAACUAAUAUCUGCAGCUUCCAGAGAGGCUGUCAAUUCAGUGACAGAAUGCUGCUCCCCAUUGGAGGAUACUCUUAAAAGGUACUAUUUAUCUAAUACUGUAUUUAAUGUCAACAGGGCAAUUAUUUUGUUAAGCAUACUGCCUUGUGAUCUUUGGAUGCAGGGCAGCAUAUAAACUUAGUAAUAAGUAUAUCAAAGAGACUAUAAUAUAUAACUAUGCCUGUGCAUCUGACAGUCAUUUGGGCAUCCUUCACUUUACUUUUUGUUAUACUGCUAUGCGAACAGGUAGGGAAAGUUGUAUUUAUUGUAGCAGUACUUUACAGUCAUACCUCGGGUUACAGCCGCUUCAGGUUGCGUCUUUUCGGGUUGCGCUCCCCGCCGAACCCGGAAGUACUGAAACAGGUUACUUCUGGGUUUCGGCACAUGCACAGAAGCGCUGAAUCGCAAUCCGCGCGUGCGCAGACACAACACUGCGGGUUGUGAACGCUGCAGGUUGCGAAUGUGCCUUCCGCACGGAUCACAUUCACAACCCCAAGCGUCCACUGUAUUAUAUUUUUGGUUCUUUUGAUUAAGUGGAUCUACCAGCCCCUCACAGCUCCUGGAUCCAGAUAACAACACAGGUAUACCCUUUGAUUCUAAUUCUUCUUACACAUACCCACAGCUCUUUGUGCCAAUAUAAAAAUGUACAGAAAGAGAGCACUCAAACAAAUAGUGUCUAGUUAACUAACCAAUUUGAAUAUUGAUGUUCAAGGGAGACCUAUAAUAUGAUUUAACUUUCAUUAUCUACCAUAUUAGAGCAGGAAAAAUUAGAUGUAAUGCAUCAGCUGUGUUGGCCCAAACAAUUCCACACAAAACAAACUGAUCAAAGAACCAGAACUAUUUUUCUAAUCAACUACUUUAAGCUUUCAAAUUAGUUCUCAUAUUCUGAAAACAAAAAUAUUUUCUGCACAGAUCAGUCAGCAUCUUAUAGUUUUACACCUUAAGAUACAGCUAACAAAGGGUACACUUAGUACAUCACCAGUAUUAAACUGGUUUUGAUGGCUACAUUUUUAAAAAGAAAUUAAGAUCAGAACUAAAUAUUGUUAGACUGAACACUUGUCUCUAGCAAUACAACAUGGACAUGACAUCACACCAAACACUUGGUAUCAAUGGAUGCCAGAGGCUGAAAACACAAAUGCUUUAUGUGGCCAUUACAAGCAAGGACAAUGCCUGGUUUUGGCUUGCACAUUGUCAUUUUAAACAGGUUGCUGGAAAGGAUUAAAACCUAUUCUCCAUUUUCCUACCUACUACAGAAACCUCAUCUAGAUGUUAACAUGCUGAAUGUUCACAAUUCACUUUCCUAAAUAAAUGGUACUUCAUGAAACAUAUCCAAGUGUAACUCAGAAAUUCAUUGCUUCAUAGAAGCACAUUACUCUAUUGCCAAAAACAGUUUCAUUCUGCCAGCAUCCAUUCUGUUAUAAUGUCCUUUGUAGUCAAUAAUCACCACUGUGCACAACUGCUUUGCUUUACAACGGAUUAUAAAGCCGCAGGAAAAAUUCUGAAGGAAAAGAUUCCAAGGUAGCAUGAGGGGAAAUAUUCUGAGGGUUGUAAUGGCUAAGAAAUCCAAGUUACAUUUAAGAACUUGAAUGGUGCUUCCCAGACAGUUUCUACUCUUAACUCCUUUUGUCUAAUAUCUGUAUGAGGCUUGAUAAUUUGUUUUGUGAGGAAAAGGCCAGAAGCUGUGCUUUCUUUUUGAAACAGGCUCCAAGAAUAGCCACACACACAGAGAGAGGAUUUUCACCUCCCUCCAUUGGUUUCACGGUUAGGUACUUAGCAAAAAUCACAACUCUUCUACUCAGAGCAAAUUUACCUUGAAUUAAAACUCACUGAAAUCAAUUGUACAUGUGAUCAGUCUAUGGCAGUUAAGUCGAACAGCAAACAUCCCACCCUCCCACCAUGACAACCCUCUUCAAAAUCAUGGUCAUAGAACUUUUACUGAUGUUCAAAAAGCUAAAAUGCUUUCAUUAUGGAAAUGCCACCCAAGCUGCGGGUUCUCAUGUGACAGCCUGGUUCUUAAUCCCCAUUUCCAAACCAGAAUUAACAAAUGGACAAAUCACUCUCGGUGUCACUGUCAUCUGAGGAGUGCUCCUCCUCUUCCUCCUCUGUAGAAACCAGGUGCACUUUCUUGGGGCCUGUG